AUCAGCUGUGUCCAAUCACAGCUGAUCACAUGGGACAUGUACACUGAUUAUCAGGGCACUGAUGAUCAGUGUAGCCCCAGCAGUGCCACCUGUCAGUGUCCAUCAGUGCCUUAUGUCAGUGCUCAUCAGUGCCUCGUGCCAGUGCCCAUCAGUGCCACAUCAAUGCCACAUCUCAGUGCCUACCAGUGCACAUCAAUGCCACAUAUCAGUGCCCAUCUGAGCUGCCUUUCAGUGUCACCCAUCAGUGGCAGUCAGUGCCACCUAUCAAUGCCAAUCAGUGCCACAUAUCAG